CUCAGAAGAAGCUCCCAGCUGAGGACGUGAAGCAGCCCUGAGGACGCACCAGCCACAGUGGUAAACUGGGGCCGAUGGCCAGAGGAGGCAUGCUCCCCUCCCUGCCCACACUGACUGUACUUGUUCCCCUCCUGUCCCUAGCAGGCUUGUUUUACUCAGCCAGCGUAGAUGAAACCUUCCCACAGGGCUGCACCAGCACAAACAGCUUAUGUUUCUACAGUCUCCUCCUUCCUGUUACAAUACCAGUUUAUGUAUUCUUCCACCUGUGGACCUGGAUGGGGAUUAAGCUUUUUAGGCACAACUAGUGCGAUGCAUUUGCUCACCCCUGGGCUUCUCUAAAGCAACACAGUUUAUUUAAUCUAAUGAGGUAUUGCAGUUGAUUUGAGAGAGUCCCCUUCUGGUACUAGUGACUGUCGUCAUUUUCCUAGUAGUAUCUGGAACUGUAUGAAGUCUUCUGCAGCAGCCUAUUACUUAAUUACUGCUAGGGCAGAUAAAGAGGAGGAAUAACAGGAAGGACUAAUUCCUUCUCGUGUAUCCCUUCAAGAGUGUUGUGCGUUUGUAGUGGCACUAAUGAAAAUCUAGGUGGUGACCAUUUUUACGAGGAAGAACUGUAUCCUGACUGAAAUAACUGAUCUUAAAUACUAAGCAAUGACAACAUGCAGCGAUAGGAAUCUGUCUUUGAUUUACGAGCUUCAGUUUUGUUUUGAACUGAUGUGUGUAUUGAAAUGUAUUUGUCUCACUGUCAGAAGAACAUAAAAUAAAUUAGGCUGAUGUUUAAUAACAAAA